CUGCUUCCUUCCUACAUAUAUUCAUUACUUGCAAGAGAGCCCUGCUUCUGUGAAGCCAACACAUAUCGACUUAAUAUCGAACGUUUUUCCCUGCCUUUAUUUAUUCGCUAGAGGCCCUGCAGAGCUCAGUUAUACCCUGUCUAUAACAUCCGUUCUUCAUCUACCUUUUCGAUACGCCUGCAACAACUCAUCGGCCAAACACAGCUACACACCAACCAAGCAAGCCACCGAUACAAAUUAUCAACAUGUUUGUAGCUGGACUUCUUCUCAAGGGUGUCAAGAGCCGCUACUCUACUGGCUCCAUCGUCGGUACUCUGUUCGAAUGCUGUAUCCGAUUCCUACAGUUCGUCUUUGGUAUCGCUGUCAUUGGCUUGUAUGCGCAAGAUGUCGACCGGGCCAGAAAACACGGUGACAGCCAGGACUCACGAUGGAUCUUUGCAACCGUCGUUGGCACACUAUCUGCUAUUUCUGGACUUGUCUACAUUCUGAUCCCUUGCGCCGUCCGACGACCUCUAUCUCAAGCAACUUUUAUCCAUCUACCAUGCUUCGUCUACGACAGCGUCUUAGUCAUCCUCUGGCUCACGCAGUUCGGCAUCUUCGCAAAGCUAUACAUUGCCGUUGACGAUGACAAGGACAAGAACCUCAAGCGCAUGAAGCACUCCGCCUACGUGGACUUGGUCAACUUGUGCUUCUGGGCCAUCACCUGUGCUUGGUGCGGUAUUCGCUGGUGGAGAGGAAACAAGGCCGGUUGUGUCCAGAAGGAGGAGAAGGCCUUUGAUGAGCAUAUCGAGCAGGUUUAAUUGUUCUGUCUACCAAUCUGCCUGUUUCU